UCUGAGGAAGGUAUUGGGGCCUAAAUAUAAAGGCCCAACUUAUGGAGCUUGGGUGCAGCAUCCGCUAGAAGACAGAGUCUUCCAAUUCCUUGAUAUUUUAGGAAUUAUUAUUCCAUAUCUUUUGUUCAGAUUGGGGACACCAUCACAGAGCCAAAAUCUAGGGUUUUCAUUCAUCAUGAGAAAACAUGAGCAGCAAGUCAUCGAGGAUGACCUAACCGUAGCCGGAUCCAAUAAACGAUCUUCAACAUCUGGAGAAGAAACAUGUUACUCUGAUCCAAUUCCCGUUGAUCUCGUCAUCAAUAUCUUGUCGAGAUUGUCUCUGGAGUGUAUUGCAAGGUGUCGUUGUGUAUCGAAACUGUGGUCGUCCAUAAUCCGCCGUCCAAAUUACAACCUGUUGUUCCCGCUCAAGUCUCCGGCUACACCGCGGCUUCUUUUCGUCUUCAAAGUUCCAGGAGAGUUGUUAUUCAACGCUUCACCUCAGCAUUUCAAUCCGGAUAGGCACUCGUCUCUUGUAGCCACCUCUCUUCAGAAGACUACUUGUAACACAAGUUUCUUUCAAUUAUGUCGCCCUGUCCACGGACUGGUAUGUGUCAGCAUGCAUAUCGAAGAGAACUAUUCAUCUGCGGUGAUUUCUAAUCCCAUCACAGGAGAGUAUUUAGCCUUACCCAAACUGAGAAUGAAGGGGGUGAAUUCAGAGACGAGAAUUGGAAAAGUAAGUUAUUCUUUUGGGUAUGAUCCGAUCGACAAACAAUUCAAGGUAUUGCGUAUCACAUUGUUGCCUAGGGACUCACAGUGGUGGUAUAGUGAGUAUCAAGUUCUGACAUUAGGGCUUGGAAAUCUUUCAUGGAGAAAGAUCCAAUGUUGCACACCUCAUUAUAUUCUAGAAGAUUAUGGUAUAUGCAUCAAUGGUGUUUUGUAUUAUCCCGCAAGGCUUAAUACCGGAAAAUCUACCAUGGUUUGCUUUAAUGUUAGGUCUGAAAAAUUCAGUUUUACUGAUAUUGAUAAAGACGUGUCAAUAGUGACCUAUCUCUUUGUUAGUGUCAUCGACUACAAUGGUAAGUUAGGUGUUUGUAUUUCUGAUCAUCUCCAUAAUUUUGAGUUGUGGGUUUUAGAGAAUGCGGAGGAACAUAAAUGGUCAAAGCAUAUCUACAAAAUGCCACAUUUGGGCGUCUUAGAAUGUGCUGGAAUGAUUGCAAGUGGUGAAAUUGUGUUGUACCCAAGAUUUAGUGCUUAUACAAGAUAUCCUUUCCUCUACUUCUACAAUCUGGAGAGGAACAUUAUUACAAGAGUAACACUUCAAGUUCCAAUACGUAAACAGUUAACUUAUGGUAGAUUUUACACAUUUUCAAAUUUUGUAGAGGAUGUGACGCUUAUCUAGGUGUUUAAUUACUCUUUCUCCCAGACAGACCUAAUCACAUUUAUCUAUCUUAAUUUGUUUCUC